UAGGGAGAGGGUGUGAAGCAGGCGUGCUGGUUUGCAUGUUGCAGUGAUAACGCACGGAAGCUGUCGAAAGAAUAAGACGCUAAACAAGCUGCUGUUUUUGCAUAGAUCUCCAUUCUAGUCUCCCUAGAACUUGAACUGCAGGCUCCCGAGGUCUUCGUCGUCCAGAUCGUUGCCAAUUCGUUAUCGUUUAAUACUUCGAACCAUGUCUUCUCUGCCUCCAUUCGAAAAAGGUGAUCUGAAUUCUCUGUCAAGCAAAGUUCAGGAGUUCGUUUCUGGCUAUGCCGAGAUCUUCAAGCCACAGAACAUUCAUAUUUGCGAUGGCUCCAACGAGGAAAAUCAAGAACUGAUAGAUAAGCUGAUAAAAGAAGGGGCUUGUGUUCCACUUACCAAGCAUGAUAACUGCUACGCCGUAAGAACUGAUCCCAAAGAUGUAGCUCGUGUUGAAUCCAAGACAUUUAUCUGCACGGAGAAUCGUUACGAUGCAGUACCUCAUGUCAAAGAAGGAAUACAAGGCGCUCUAGGUCGCUGGAUGUCGAUAGACGACGCUGAGAAAGAACUUGAAACGCGAUUCCCAGGCGCCAUGGUCGGCCGUACUAUGUAUGUAAUGGCUUACAGUAUGGGACCUGUAGGCUCUCCUGUAUCCAAAAUUGGUGUACAGAUCACCGACUCUCCCUACGUAGUAUGCUGUAUGCGUAUUAUGACACGAAUGGGAGCUAAAGUCAUGAAAGUGCUUGGUGAUGGAGACUUUGUGAAAUGUGUCCAUACGGUUGGAUUCCCUAAUGACGGCAAGAAGCAACCAACUGUUCCAUACUGGCCUUGUGAUCCAGAGAGAACCUUGAUUCUGCACUUCCCUAAGACCAGAGAGAUCAAGUCAUUUGGUAGUGGUUAUGGAGGGAACUCUCUGCUUGGGAAGAAGUGUUUUGCAUURAGGAUUGCUGGUAAUAUUGCUAGAGAUGAAGGAUGGUUGGCUGAACAUAUGAUGAUUAUGGGCCUGACAAACCCAGAGGGAAAGAAGAAAUACAUUGCAGGUGCUUUCCCCAGCGCAUGUGGAAAAACCAACCUUGCCAUGUUAACCCCUACUAUUCCUGGCUGGAAAGUAGAAUGUGUUGGUGACGAUAUUGCCUGGAUGUGGUUUGAUGAGGAUGGCCAACUGCGUGCUAUCAAUCCAGAGAGUGGAUUCUUUGGUGUUGCUCCGGGCACAUCAAAAAAAACCAAUCCCAUCGCAAUGAARACUUUUGAGAAGGACACCAUUUUCACCAAUGUCGCUGAAACUUCUGAUGGUGAYUUCUGGUGGGAGGGUCUUGAUCCACCAAAAGAGGGAAUAACAAUCAAAUCAUGGUUGAAUCARGAGAACUGGACCCCUGAUAAGGGUUUUGCAGCUCACCCUAACUCCAGAUUCUGUGCCCCAAGUGAUCACUGCCCAAUCAUGGACAAGGACUGGGAGAAUCCUAAAGGCGUCCCAAUCAGUGCUAUCUUGUUUGGUGGGCGUCGUCCAGUUGGCGUCCCACUUGUCUACCAGGCCUUUAAUUGGCAACACGGUGUGUUUGUUGCUUCUUCCUUGUCAUCUGAAACAACUGCUGCUGCAGAAUUCAAGGGCAAGAACAUCAUGAGAGACCCUUUUGCCAUGAGACCAUUCUUUGGGUACAACUUUGGAAAGUACCUUGAGCAUUGGCUUGGUAUGCAGAAGAAAUCUGACAAAUUGCCUCCUAUUUUCCAUGUCAAUUGGUUCCGUUUAGAUGAUAAUGGGAAAUUCUUAUGGCCAGGUUUUGGAGAAAACUGCAGAGUUCUGGAGUGGAUAUUUAAGCGUUGUGAUGGUGAAGACCUUGCAGAUGUGUCUCCAAUUGGCUAUAUUCCCAAGAAAGAUGCUAUCAAUACYGAAGGCCUUGGAAAGAUUGACAUGGAUGAAUUGUUAUCUAUCCCUAAAGAUUACUGGAUGGAUGUACUGAAGAACCUGCGUAAAUACUGGGACGAACAAGUUGGGGAGGAUUUACCAGGUCCUGUGAAUGACGAGUUCAAGGCUCUGGAAGAACGCCUCAAGGCUGCAAAGUAAAACCUUGUUUUAAGUAUUGGCAGCAGAGUUAGAACGGAUUUCACAAAUGUUGUAUCUCACAAUUUUAAAGACAGAUAAACUAUUGAUAAAUUAGGUAUAUCUUCAGUGGAACCUGUGUGGUCUUAAGAGAUGUAUUCAUAUAAUACUCUAGUGAUCAAAAAAACCCACAACAUUCAAGUUAUUUGUUUUUUUGUUAUGCUAUCAUAGGAAGGAUUUUGUACAGUUAUGUUAAYCGUUUGGUUUUAGUUUUGUUUAGGUUAGUACUUUUGAUCUAUUGUUAUUCUGAAGAAUCCAACUAAGUUGAGAUUUUGGUCAAACAUUUUUUGUUUUUUUUUGUUUGUUUGUUUUCUGACAGAGUUUUUCAUUUAGUUCGUUUAUGGUUUUACACCUUGAAUAUCAUAUUAUUUAUUUCACCUUUUUUUCCUCCAAUUUAUAAUUUUUUCUCACUUAGUGCCCAGAUUGCCUUUCACUAAUGACAAUAAAUAUUAAAAUGUCUACAAUUUAUCAUGUUAAACAUAAACAGUAACAAAAAUUCAAAACUGUUGAGCGCAAACCAUAYAUUUGUGGAAUAGCACAAAAACUAAAUAGCAAGAAACAUUUUGUCCAUUAGGUUGUACCAUUUCAAGUAUAAUGGCUUGGGCUCUAAUUAGAACAUGUGUCUAGGUAUAUAGUAAAGAGUUUGUAUGGUUAAAUAUUUUCGGACUAAAAAUUCAAAAAAAGGAACUUGAGAUUAGUUGUUCUGAUAAAGUUUAUUUUAAUACUG